AUGCUUUUCAAGACCUCCUUCACCGCUCUCGUGGUCGCCUCCUUGGCCGUCCUCUCCACCUACACCCCCCAGGUUGAGGCUCACUCCUGGAUGGACUGCGUUGACUGGAAGUUCAAAAACUCCAAGGUCCAGGACUGGUCCGACAAGGGAGGCAAGUGCCAGGGUUAUGCCCGUCGCUUCCCUCUCGGCAAGGCCUUCGGCUCCUUGGACUCUGACUGGCCUUCCCGCCACUACCAGCAGACCCACAAGAACCCCGACCCUAACCAUGCAGUCGCCUGCUCUGACCGCAAGCACGGCGCGGAGAAGGGUGCUGAUGAGACCCGCGCCAACCCUGUCUCUGCUGCUUAUGGUGGCAAGUUUGGUCGCAUGACCGUCACCUCCGUUGGUGAUACCCUUUGCGUCCGCUGGCCCGCCAAGAACCACGGCAAGAGCGGCGAGAGCAAGACCACCGUUCAGAUCAACUUGUCGAAGGUCCGCAACGGCAAGGAUAUCAGCCAGGCUGAUUUGCUCAAGAACACCAUCGCCAAGUUGCCCUACAAGAACUGCAUGAAGGGAAGCAACGAGGACCGCCGCGCCUGCGGAGGCUGCUUCAAGGUUCCUACCCGUGCCUCCGGUGUCUACCUGCUCCAGUGGAGAUGGAUGUUGAACAAGGGCGAGUGGUACACUUCCUGCGCUGAUAUCCAAAUCGGCAAGUAA